CUUCGUGUGAAGAUGUUUGUGAUGUCAACAAAAGAAAAGAAAUUCUUAAACGAGAUGGUCGCUGUUUUGUCUGCUUGCGUAAGGGACACGUAAUGAAACAAUGUGACAAAAGAUGUAGAAAGUGUCAAGGGCUUCACCAUCAAUCAAUAUGCAAAGGUUAAGAUCAUCCAAAGGAACUUUCGAAGAAACAAGAGAUUCCCAAGAGCCCUGUCAAAGCAGACCCAGUCGGACCAACAGUGGCGACAUCAACAGUAAACCAGCAUUCAACAACUCAUGGGAAGAACGUACUCCUACAGACUGCAACGACGUUCGCCUUUAGUCAUGACGAAAGUGAACUUGUUCCUGUUAGAAUAUUACUCAAUAGCGGUAGCCAGCGCUCGUAUGUUACCAAACAAUUAAAGGAGAAACUUGGUUUGGACAGUUUGCGAACUGAGACCCUAAACCUUAAUACAAUAAGUAAAGAUAAAGCUUGAAGCACGACCCGAAAACUUUGAAAUCUCUGCUCUUACCUUUUCAAAGAUAUGCUUGCCCCUCUCGAUGAAGUUAGAUGUGGAAGUCCAUCCACAUUUACAUGGCUUACAGCUUGCAGAUUCCAGUCUUACUAAGGAUGUUCCAACAAACAUUGACAUUUUGAUUGGGUCUGAUCAUUGUUUCGAUGUUGUCACGGAUGAAAUUCGUCGAGGCCAAAGAGGUCCAGUAGCUAUCAACACUAUCUUUGGUUGGGUAAUCUCUGGUCCAACACAGAAUGCAGACAAAGAUAAUUCAUCAUCUACCAAUCUCAUCAUUCUGCGAGAAAAUUCGGAUCCAAUGAAGAAUAGUUUUGCUUUUGAAGACAAGAAUCAAGACUUAACAAACGAACUACGUAGAUUUUGGGACACUGAAUCUCUUGGGAUCCAGGACGAGAAGAUGGGGAAUGAUAAUUUCCUCAACGAGUUAAUAUACCACAACGAUGAGAAAUGCUACGAAGUAAACCUGCCAUGGAAAUCCGAAUCUCAUCCUGCAUCAAAUGGAUAUAUGUCGUGUGCGAAUCGCCUGAGACAACUCCACAAGCGUCUUAAGAAAGAUAAAGAUCUGCUCCAAGAGUAUGAUAAGAUUAUUCAACAACAAAUAACUUCUGGCAUUAUUGAACCAGUGCCUGAAGAGUAUGAUACUGAGGAAGAGGCUUACUAUUUACCACAUCAUGGUGUCGUUCGGCAAGAUAAAGAAACUACAAAGUUGCGUGUGGUAUUUGAUGGUUCAGCAAAACCCGAUAACAGCAGUGUUUCCAUCAACAACUGUCUAGAAAAAGGCCCCAACCUGGUUCCGUACCUGUUCGAUGUGUUCAUCAAUUUCAGAGGAUACCCAAUCGACAUGGUCGCAGACAUUGAAAAGGCAUUCCACCAAGUAAAGAUUGCACCAGAAGACCGACGAAUGGUUAGAUUCCUAUGGUUUGAUGAUCCAAGCAAAGAAAGACCCGAAAUUCAAAAGUACCAAUUCUGUCGAUUAGUGUUUGGCCUAGUCUCAAGUCCUGCCAUUCUAACGUCCGUACUGCAGCACCAUCUCGCUGUGAAUGAAGAAAAGGAACCCAAAAUGGUGUCUUUGCUGCGGAAAUCAUUUUAUGUAGAUGACUUCACUGGUGGUGCUUUCGACGAUAAUGAAGCAGGUGAAGUCUACGAGAAAUCCCAGACGUUAAUGAGUUCGGGGGGUUUUACCUUACGAAAAUGGCAUACGAAUUCCAAACACUUGCAAGAAAAGAUAGCAACAGAUAGAGCUGAAAACCAACACGAAAGCAACGAUAAAGCAAAUAAUAUCCCCGGGAGUGAUCAGGAAUGCAAAACAAGAAACGACCCAGUAAAGGUUCUAGGAAUACCCUGGAAUGUUGACGAGGACACACUUUUCCAUGACUAUGUUAAAUGGUCGAAAGAUGCCACUACCCUACCUGCUACAAAGCGAUCAGUCCUUCGGCUCUCUGCCAAAAUUUUCGACCCCAUCGGACUGUUAACCCCAUUCACAAUUAAAAUGAAAGUCUUCUUUCAAGAGUUAUGCUUAGCAAAGGUGGAUUGGGACGAUGAGUUAAAGGGAGAGCUACUGGAAAAAUGGAAAAGAUUGAUACAUAACUUAAACAGCUUGAAAGAUAUCAAAGUUCCGAGAUGUUAUUUCACAAGAAAGGAAGAACCCCCUGUGAAACACGAGUUACAUGGAUUCUCUGAUGCAUCCAACAAAGCAUUUGCAGCAGUUGUUUAUCUUCGGACAGAACACGCAAAUGGCGAUAUUGAAAUUAAUCUAGUGGCGUCCAAGACACGAGUAGCUCCAAUAAAGCGUCAGUCUAUACCUCGUUUAGAGUUGCUUGGAGCAACUAUUUUAGUUAGACUUGUCAAAUCUGUCAAAGAAGCGAUGAGCUCUCUAAAAACGCCUCCUGAAGUGUUCUUGUGGAGCGAUUCUUACACCGUUUUGUGUUGGAUUCGUAAUGACAAAACAUGGAAGCCUUAUGUUCAAAACAGAGUGAAGGAAAUCAGGGAACUUUUCGACCGAAAGAAAUGGAGAUUUUGUCCGGGAGAGAUCAAUAUUGCCGAUCUACCCUCAAGAGGUUGUUCUGCAGAGGAACUAGUUAGAAACCAUAGUUGGUGGAAAGGUCCCGAGUUUUUGAAUCAUUCACCCGAGUACUGGCCUCAAGAGCCACAACAAAGCUACAUCGAUAACGAGGAGAAAGCAUUAGCUGAAAUCAAGAAGACCUCACCAAUCAUCGUGUACUCAAUGGCGAAUCCAUCAAUCAACAACGAUCAUGAAAGUUUCGAUAUCGGCGAUAUAAUAGACAUAAAUCGAUAUAGCACUAAAUUGAAACUGUUACGAGUAACAGCAACGGUAAUAAGAUAUGUGAAAAGAUGGAGAAACCCUCGACACAAAUUCGAAAGUGCUGAGUUGACGGCGCAAGAAUUACAGGAAGCCGAAAUACGAUGGAUCCAGACCGUUCAAGAACACGAAUUUCAACACGAGUUAAAUUACCUUAAAGGAGUGUCAAAAACUCCGACACCCGUGGUCUCUCAAUUGGGUUUGUUCCGCGACGACGAUGGUUUAAUACGAUGUGACGGAAGGAUUGGAAAUUCGUCUCAACAAAAAGAAUCCAAACAGCCGAUUCUCCUACCAGCAACACAUUACUUCACAGAGCUACUUAUCAAAGAGCAGCACGAAGUUGUACACCACAAUGGCAUUCGAGACACUCUCAACUCGAUUCGUCAGAAAUAUUGGAUCCAACGAGGUAGAGAAGCAGUGAAGCGAAUAGUAAGAAGAUGUGUCGUGUGCAGAAAGAUCGAAGCGAAACCUUUCCCAACACCGAAAGCUCCGCAGCUCCCAGCGUGUCGAGUAAGCGAAGAACCACCCUUCUCUAAUACCGGUAUAGAUUUCGCUGGUCCAGUUUACGUAAGAAAAUCGUCUGGAGCAAUUAAUAGCAACGACCAAGACAAAGUAUACAUAGCGCUCUUUACCUGUGCAUCUACGAGGGCUUUGCAUUUAGAACUAGUGGAAAACAUGUCAGCAGCUACCUUUCUUCAAGCGUUUAGACGUUUUUCAAGUCGUAGAGGACUGCCAACGAAGGUCUUGACGGAUAAUGCAAAAACAUUUAAGUCGGCAUCAAAAGAAGUGAGGAUGAUUGGAGAAUCGAAAGAAGUAAAUCGUUAUUUUGUCAAUAGAAGAAUAACAUGGGAGUUUAUUACUGAGAAAGCUCCAUGGCACGGUGGAUUCUGGGAGAGGAUGGUGCGAAGUGUUAAACGUUGUCUAAAGAAAGCUAUCGGACGCGCUUCGUUAUCUUUUGGAGAACUACGCACCCUACUAGUCGAGAUUGAAAGCACCCUUAAUAAUAGACCGUUGACGUUUAUGUAUGAUGACGAACAGGGAAUAUCGUACGCACUCACACCAUCGCAUUUGAUCUACGGACGACAAAUUUCAAGCGCUCCAAAUGACAAGCAUUACGAGAUUAUUAGCACAAAUCAGUCUCUCACCAAGCGAGCAAAGUACCAUCAACGCGUUUUAAACCAGUUUAUCAAACAAUGGAGAACAGAAUACUUGUUGAGUUUAAGAGAAUCGUUCAAAUCGAUUCGACCAAACAGCAAUGUGCAAAUAGCAGUUGGAGAUAUGGUAAUUUUACGGAAUGACAAUACACGACGCACGUUUUGGAAAUUGGCUAAAGUGGAAAUGUUGCUUCCCAGUAGCGAUGGUACAGUGCGGUCAGCUAAAGUUAUGGUUAACGGGGAAAGCGGUAAACGGAUCACAUUACGGCGACCAAUACAGCAUUUGAUACCCCUCGAAGUAAAGGCAAGUGCGACGGAUGACAGCUGUGUCCAGAGCCGUGCGGAUCAGCAGAAAACGGAAAUGAAAGAUAACGACCAACUACAAAGACGGACACCGAGACGUAAGGCAGCUGUAGUUGGCGAAAUCGUAAGAAGACAACUUAGUUCGUGAUGGACGUUGACACGUACAUUGAUUAACGUUAACAUUAAUGUAGUAUUAGUUUAAUUGAUCAAUUUUAUUGAUCAACCCCGGGAGUGUUGUGAACGGUUAAAUUGUCGCCGCUAUUUUUGUCAUAGCGAACAAUAUGUCAGACAUGCGCAAACGAGACGUUUUUUUGUUGGUUUCAUGAAUCGAAUCGAAAAACACGUUUAUAACGACUUUCAACUUAUAUUUUAUAGUUUAUAGUUUAGAAAUAAAGUUUAUUUUACAUUUAACUGCGACGUGCAGUACACUGACUUUGUUCGGGAUAAUUUAUCAAUACCCACAAAAACUGUAAUUGUAUGUUGUUAUUCUGGUUUUCUGGAAACUUAUUCGUACUAAACAUGUUCAAAUAAUUAUCUGGCUUGAAUGUACCACCCAUGCAGCGAACAAAAAACAACACUAUUUUAGUAAAGCCACAAGAGAACAUAUUUUUACUAUAAAAAGGCAUUGUAAAAAUAAUAACAUAUGUUGCUUAUGCAUGUAGCGUUAAAAGUUUUCUAAAAAGGAAAUUGCCGUAUAAGUUGGACAAGAAUCCCUGACUUGAUUUGUGUCUGAGUUCACACAAAAUAUACCGGCCCGAAUACUACAUUGUAAAAUUCAAGGAAAAGCCGGCUUCAAAAUUGCAUCAGUAUACUGAAACGAAACCGUUUCUAGGACGUAUCUAUUGCCUGGGCAAGGGAAGUUAAUCGACUUCAAUUCAUGACGUCGGGAGGCAAUAGACAACAUGAUCUCUUCCCGGUUAUGUCCGUAAUUGUGAAAAUCUCCAAAAUUAGGACAUAGCCAUAAUUACACAAAACCACAAGUAUUAGACAAGAUUUUUGGGGUGGGAUUGAUUUAAAAAGGACGUCAGAUUUAGAUUAGGGUUAGAUUAUUGUCAGGUUAAAAUUAGAUUACACUUAGAGGUGGGGUUAGCCGUUGGGGAUAGGGCACAAGGGAUAAGUAAUGCGGGCUCUACCUCAUACGCGCCCGCAUUACUUACCUGUUGAGGAUUCUGUAGUAUUUGAUAUAGAUAAUGGAAGCGAUCAUGCUGUGAUCAUGUUGACAUGCUCAGCAUCUAACCUGCGAACGGGCCAAUCUCGUUCCCCGAGCCUGCGAUCCUCGGGAAGGAACGUGAGGCCUCUGGGAUAAUCCGUUGCCGGAAGCCAGGAAUCCUGGCUAAGAUUGAUCUGCGCAUUCCAUAUCAACGGUCAAUCAGAUUCCUCCCUGAAACGGAUUAUCCCAGAGCCUCACGUUCCUUCCCGAGGAUCGCAGGCUCGGGGUAUGGGACCUGCCUAGGUCAUAGAAUAAGAAAUGAAUAGAAGGGCAACUGAAUGUCGGAUCAUUUGAAGUCGGUGUCCUCGCGCAUGUCGUGUCGCGCAUGCCGGAAAUACGACGGCGGCCAUUACUCUGGCCAGUAACUUGCAGCUGGAAUCGAUAUAAAAUAUAUGGAGUGAGAGCUGUGAUUUGUUUUAAAAUUGACAUUUUGUGGAUAUUUGCUUAUAAAAUUAGAUUUUAAAACCAAAACACCCAAGAGGAAGGUAAGUAGUUUGUAUUUAUUCAUUUAUUGGUCAAAUAAAACAUUUAAUCGAGGUAUUUAUCAGCUACAAAUAUUACUAUUAAAUAUGGAGUUGCAUGACGAACAUUAUUUAUAUAUACAGUACAUGAUACAGACUAUGUUUAUAGGUUUUAAACUAGUGAAUCGUUGUUAAUCUUUGCAACUAUCGUACAUAUCAUUUUUUUUUAUUUUUCGGGUUGUCUUGGUCUUUAAAGCUAGUGUGAAUACGUUUUUUUUUGUUCAGAUGUUGCAGUAAUAUUAUAUAGAUUUGAGCAUUUUGAGGGUUUUCAUCCAGAGCAGAGCUGCUUUUUAUGCACACGUGGUCACUUCCAUGUGUUUAUAGCUGUUUUUCGUGUACAAGUUUGAUUGAAUUUAAUGUAUUUUUUUGUUUUUAUAGAAGUGGCAAAGUCACUAUCACAGAAUAG